GACCAUAAAAAAAGAUUUUAACGUCCCCGUCAAGUAUUAAGAUGGAGGAAAAAAUCACGAAACAAAUGUCUUGCAUACCCUUUGGUGACACCCAAGCGAACGUACAAGUAGGAAAACUUGAUACUACCGAAGUACCCAAAGCAAUCGAUCCAACACGCAUCGUCAACGACUGCAUUGAAGCAUUUACUUUGUUUGGUCGCCUUGCACCCGAACUUCGUAUUACCAUCUGCGAGCUGGCACUGGCAGCUGCAACACCUGAUUUUCCGAAAUUGAUACGACCAUUCCGGCUCGAACCAGAACAGCCAGAGGAUUGUUUAGAAAGUGCAAAAAAGUCUCACCACCGAUCGAACACGACUCCAAACCUUUUGAAGAUUCUUUCAACACUACAUGUUUCUAAAGAGUUCCGAGAUGUGGCACUAAAAAUUUUGGGCAUCUUGGAUGUUUGAAUUAUCUGCCCAAUUCUAUUUCGCCCAUCAGUCAAAUUUCUCAAUUUCCAUGAUAUGUAUCACAUGCAAGAGUAUACAAAUAUAGAAACACCAUAUGAAUUUUAUCAGAAUUACGGGGCCAAAGUCAAGAGAGUUGCUAUUACUACUAAUCCUGCCUGGCCAAGCUCCCCUCUGCGCUCCAGUAACAUUUAUUAGAGAGGGCCCGUGGAAGACCCAGCCCGAGAUAUAUGGAAGCUCAUCUUACUUUUUGAGGAUCUCGAAUGUAUUGUCAUCCAAUUUCGUGACAUCUGGUCUUACGAAACUCCGCGGAAUAAACAUGGCCUACUCAUGACCCAAUAUGAGCCGGAGUUGCAGAGACUUCUUAGAGAGCAUGCGCAGUGGGAAAAAAAUCUCAUCGAUUACUCUACAAGGGUAUUUAGACGAGUACAAAUCACUAUCCGAUAGUUCAACGCACCCAUCAAAAUUGCUGCGAAUGCCAAAAAUCGAACACAUGCACUGGGGCGAGUUUUCUUAUUAUGCUCGGUGAAGCUAAGGGUAUACGUGAUUGCUCCGAAGGUGUAUCGGAUUUGGUGUAGUAUUGCUCUCAUCCACUUUUCGAAGACUUCGAAUACCAACGCAGACUUUAUAGCAAUCGAAUCAAUUAUUAAGAAGGCAUUCCGCACGUUCGUGAGAUGUGUCGACAGGUACUUCUCGAAGCUGAAGGUUUUAUUGAAUGGGCAUGGGCUAAACUUCGAGGUUAUCUAUGUAUCAUAAUUCAUUUUUUAUCACA